AUGAUCGGUGAUGUAAAUUUGUUCUUUAAUGAUCAUGAUAAUUCAACUAUUGCUGAAAUAGAGAUAAUGAUUGCUGGCUAUUGCCAUGUAAAUAUUUUAGGAAUUGCCGAUGUUCCUGAAAAAGCACACUAUAGAUCAGGUCUAGCCACGAAUUCAUUAUUCCUAAUGUUCAAUUACGCGAUCAAUAAUCUAAAAAUCUCAAAAUUUACUGCAAAAAUAUCUGUAAAAAAUCAUGCAUCUAUCACAUUGUUUACUAAAAAAUUUAAUUUUGUUCAAACAAAUUAUUCUGAAGUGUUUCAAGAGAUUUCUUUAGAGUUGUGUGUAACUGAUUACGUAAAAAAUUUUGUUAGAGAGAAUGUGGAAAAUGGUGGAUAUUACGAAACUGUUUAUGAUGAGUAUUCUCGUAAAACAUAUCGAAAUGUUGAUUUAAAUUUAAUGCAAAAAAGAUUUUUAAAAAGUGGAAAUGAAGAACAAGUUUCGUCAACUAAAAAGGCAGAAAAAACUUUUCGCAGAUUUUGGAAAGAAGUUUCUGUCUUAUCAAACAAAGAUGUGUAUCAAGUAGCUCUUGAUAACCGUCCGAUAAAAACACCAGGAGGCGCUCCUUUAGUUAUCCCUCGGUCUAAUAAAUAUUUAGCAAUAUUGAUUGCUGGGGAAUGGGAAUCCCAAAAAUCUUUAUUGAAACAACAUUCAUUGCCAUUGGCAUGUACAAAUACAAUUAUCAAUCAAAAUAUAUUAAUCACAUCUCUUAUCGCAAGAUCAAUUGAUUCAUUUGAAAAAGACCCUUCAUCCAGGAAGGAAGCAAUAACAAGAUUAAUUCGAUAUUUUGAUACUGAUACAGUUUGUUAUCAAGAAACUUAUCCUGAUAUUUUGGUUGACCUUCAAAAACAAUAUUGGGAUCCAACUGUGAAAUGGGCUCAAGAAACAUAUGGUGUAGAAAUAAAAGUAACCAAUGGCAUUAUUGGUGCAAAGCAACCGGUAGAAACAAAAAAUAAGUUACGCGCCAUAGUUGAAGAGUUUGAUAGUUUGAAAUUAUCUGCUUUUGAGCGUGCUACAUUGCUCACAAAAUCAUUUCUUAUAGGACUCGGUCUAGUCGAACGACAACUAACUGUAGAAUUUGCCUCAAAAGCUGCACAAAUAGAAACUAUAUCACAAACCAUUAGAUGGGGGGAAAUCGAGGAUGCACAUGAUGUUGAUAGCGAAUACAUUAGGCACCAACUUGGAUCCGUUGCUUGUGCCUUGAUAGUCGACAAUACAGAUACAUUACAUAAAGGCCAGCCGUGA